AUGUCAAAAGCUACCUUCGCAAUCAUCGCAGUCGCCGGCGCUGGAGCAGGCGCCGUUGCUACUGCAGCCAUGUACAAUCUGCGAUCGUCCGAGACGAAGAAGACAGCCGAGACUACAAAGACUAUCACAACUACCACAACAACCAGCAUAUCCUCCGCACAAGCACCUGUUCCCGCGAGCCAGGUCUUUGGGCCUCCCGUGCCCGCAGCCAGCACUACGACUGCGACUGCCUUGGGCCAGGCACCCGUCAACCCGGCAGGACUAUUCGAGUAUGGCUUCCCCGGUCCAGUAGCCGACGUUGCAAGUCGAUCAGCUCUGAUAUCCUCUUACGACCGGCGUCUGCGCAACCCGCACUGGGUAGUCGAGCACAUUACACCCCAGUCACUAGCCCUACGCGAUGGUGACCGGAAGCACAGCGUCUUCGUGGAGGACGGCGCCGUACCAGACAAGUACCGGGCGAAGCUGAAGGACUACUUCCGGUCGGGCUACGACCGGGGCCACCAGGUGCCCGCGGCGGACGCGCGCUGGAGCCAGGCGGCGAUGGACGAGACGUUCUUCCUGAGCAACAUGUGCCCGCAGGUGGGCGAGGGCUUCAACCGGGACUACUGGGCGCACUUUGAGGACUUCUGCCGGCGGCUGACGCAGCGGUACCCGUCGGUGCGCGUCGUCACCGGGCCCCUGUACCUGCCGCGCCGCGACCCGGCCGACGGCAAGUGGCGCGUCACCUACGAGAUGAUCGGCAACCCGCCCAACGUCGCCGUGCCCACCCACUUCUACAAGGUCAUCUUCGCCGAGGACGGCCUCGUCGGCGGCAACGUCGCCCUCGGCGCCUUCGUCCUGCCCAACGCCCCCAUCCCCAACGAGAAGCCCCUCACCGACUUCGAGGUCCCCGUCGAGGCCGUCGAGCGCGCCUCCGGCCUCGAGUUCGCCACCAAGCUGCCCGUCCAGCGCCGCAAGCGCCUCUGCGCCGACACGUCGUGCGCCAUCGUCGUGCGCGAGUACGCCGAGCGGCAGAAGGCGUUUGCGAAGCCCCAGUCGAGGAGUCCAAGCCCGGCGUAG